ACCCCGCAGUUGACAGAUGUACGCAUGUAGAGCAGGAAAAACAGCACCUUGGCAGGAGAGAGAAGGUGCAGUGUUUCGUUUCUCCUCGUUGACUUGAACUUUGUUCCCAUUCCAAUUCUGCCCCUCGGAAAUAUCACAAAUCAGCCUCUUGCUUGAUUCGCUUACGAAAUGGCACCUUCAUAUACAAGUCCCAUUCUCGCUCCGCAGCCGGCCGCCACCAAGGCCGCCGGGAGCUUCGUCCCCCAUCCAACUCAGGCUACGGCACCCCGUUCCGAACCGGACGGACCAGAGGAGCUGGAGUGCCAGCUCCAGGAACUCAGCAUGGGCCCCAACCCUCUGAAGGGUAUCCCAACAUUCGCCACCGAUCGAGAACACCGUGAGCACAUCCUCGUGCACAUGGCAGCUGUGUUCCGCAAUUGGGCACGCAUGGGAUACACCGAGGGUAUCUCCGGGCACAUCAGCGUCCGCGACCCAGAGCAUCCCGAUUGCAUCUGGAUGAACCCGAUCGGGAAGCAUUUCGGGCUGAUGAAUGCCAGCGAUAUGGUUUGCUUGGAGAUUGAUACCGGGAAAAUCGUUGGAGGGAAUCGGACCCGCCCCGUAAACGCACCCGGCUACCACAUCCACUCGCAAAUCCACAAAGCCCGCCCAGACGUCCACGCCAUCUGUCACGCCCACACCAUCGCCGGCCGCGCCUGGUCCGCCUUCGGCAAGCCUCUUGACAUGCUGCACCAAGACAUCUGUGAUCUGUAUAACUCCAUCGCCGUUGACUCUACUUACGGCGGCAUCGUCACCGCCGCCGAGGAGGGACAGCGCAUUGCCUCCGUUUUGGGCAAACAUUCCAAGGCUGCCAUCUUGUUGAAUCACGGGCUGUUGACUGUUGGAUCAACGGUCGACGAGGCUAGUUUUCUCUUUGGACUGCUCGAUAGAAGCUGUGAGAUUCAGCUUCGCGUGGAGGCUGCUUGUGCGGGGAACCCGGAGCUGAAGAAGAAAUUUGUACCGGACGAGAUGGCCUUGUUCAACUUCCGCAUGGCGGGGGAGAAGAAUUGGCUUUAUGCGGAGGCGCAGCCGGAUAUUGAGUAUGAGAUUGAAAUGGCGGGCGAGAAGAUCAAGCAAGGGGUGGGGAAGAUGAAGGUUGAUCGGAAGUGAAGAGAUUGACUGUAUCGAAGGUGGAUGUGGCGGCUGGUUGCAACCUAGGUUCCGGACCCAGUCAGUCCCUGGGCGUGUUAUGGCUUUACACCGAUGAUUUUCGAUAUGGAUUAUUCCACUAAAUUCAGGCUCAUGCGAAGUAGGUGAACAUGAGCUCGAGU